CCGCCUAGCCCGCCGGUAGGCUACCGGACAACCCCGUUUAUCCCAGCAUUCGUAAGCCUUUCACUCAUAAAUGUCUCUUCCCCACCGCCAAUUGACCCUUCUCCUCAGUCCAAUCUCCCAAACAAGAUCCGGCCCCUCGCCGCAACCACACGCCCUUGCCCCCCAUACACCCGGCCACUGCCCCGGCCGCCUCACAAAUCGCGACCAUGACCUCGACUACUAAUCGCGAUAUCCUGCUUGAUGCCGGAGUGCCCAACGCCGAAGCCAUGUCGCUCGACAACUACACGUUUCCCAAGGAGAGGCUGAAGAAGACGCUUUCCAACCCUAACAAGCAGCCGCUAGUGCUAGUAUCAUGUGGCUCCUUCUCCCCGCCCACCAAUCUUCAUCUGCGCAUGUUCGAAGAAGCGGCUGAUUACUGCGAAUUCGAAACCGAUUUUGAAGUCGUCGGCGGCUUCUUUAGUCCCGUCGGCGAUGCAUACAAGAAGGCCGGCUUGGCCUCUGCACAGCACAGAAUCAACAUGACCAGGAUCGCUGUCCAAGACAGCUCGACCUGGAUCGGUGUUGACCCUUGGGAGCCGCUGCACAAGGAAUACCUCCCCACCGUCAAGGUCCUCGACCACUUUGACUAUGAGCUCAACGAAGUCAUGGGAGGCAUCGCUACUGAAAAUGGCGAGAAGCGCCGCAUCCAUGUUGCCUUGCUCGCCGGCGCUGACCUAAUCCAGACCAUGAGCACCCCCGGACUGUGGGCUCGUGAGGAUUUGAGCAGGAUCUUGGGCCACUAUGGCGCCUUUAUCCUCGAACGCAGUGGCACAGAUAUUGACGAUGCCCUUGUUCAACUACAGCAGUGGAGACACAACAUCCGCGUCAUCCCGCAACUCAUCCAGAACGAUGUCUCAUCGACCAAGAUCCGCUUGUUCCGCAAGCGCGGUAAGAGCAUCCGUUACUACAUUCCCGACAAGGUGGUCGACUACAUCUACGAGCACGGCCUCUACAGCGAUGAUGAUAAGAAGACUGCCGACAAGGGCAAAGCGCCCGCCGCUGCGGAUGCUGCUGGUUCUUCACAGGGCGUGACUGCUUCGUGAACACCUACCUCUGAGUCACAAUCUUUCCUUUGAUCCGUCCACGCAGCGCGAGCUGCCAUACACUUCCUCUUCCGAAAGGACUGCCGCGCUGUAUGCUGCCAUGAACGCCGGUUGGCUAUUUCGUAUUGGGCAGCGCACUGGCUUAUCAGUUCUAUACAACCGGUGCCAUCGUUGUUGCACCGUCACUACUACCCGUCGACCA